AUGUCUACUCACGAAACGCAACAUAAUAUUCCUAGCAUCCCCAUUAAAACCAAGAAAGAUACUUAUCUUUUUCGCGAUGCGUCUUCAGCCUUACAUCCACCAAAGCGGCCCAAGAUCACUAGCGAGAAUAUUUCCACGUUGUCCCCAGUUGCAACUAUAAUUAACCCUUACAAUGAACAUUUGUCGCCAGAGCAUAAACGCCUUGCAAAGCAGCAAAUUACAGAUCAAGCAAACAUGGUAUCAUUAAAACAAUAUCCAAUAGCAUACAACAUGCUGAAGCAGGCCUUGGAAGUGGAAUUACCAAAUUUGCCUCAUUUUCUUUGGACAUUUGUACAGCCUGCUGACAUUAUGGCUCACGACGCUACCUUGAUCAAAAUCAUUCAAUUCGUUUUAACCGACUUCUGCAGCAAAUGUCAUCGCAAUGCAUUCUAUCAGUCAAAAUUUGAACGUACUCAUUGGAUUGAUCGAGUUGUGCCAAUUCUUCAAUGUUUUGGCGACCACAGCCAGCUCCUUGGUUUUCAAUGGUGCGAAAUUCCGACCGAAGAGCAUGUUGAAUUUACGAUUGACCCUAAAUCAUGGAUGAGAACUGCAACUGUCAAGUAUCACGAUGGUAUAGGUCGACUUAUCAUGGAAGGGUCAAGCAAUUGUAUCGACAAAGAGAAUAUUGAACACACUCAGGGGGAUACUGUCAAAGCACUGUAUGCAUCCAUUGAACUUUUGAAUUCAUUUGUACGACGUCACGCCGCUGCAUCAUUUUCAAGUCUUUGCUCUGUUUUGUCCUUUUCUCUGCAAUGUGUAUGCACCACUAUUACUUUAUCCACCACGAAAAUGGACUAUAUCAACAUUGGCAGCUAUAUUCAAACAGAAGUACGACAUGCAGAUAUUCCAAAUAACUUCAAUAACCGCGUAUCAUGGAUGGAAGUCUUUGAGCUUGUUGCAUAUCUAUUCACAUCCCUUCGAGAACAAGAAACCAUUCUGGAAACCAUAAAGAAAGAAAACUCUGGUAUUGUUCUUGUCAAAGAUAUAGAUCGUGCGUUACAUGUUUUAGAUGAGAUCAAUGACCGGCCUCUACCUUAACUCGACAUAUACUAUGAAUGAAGUUUUAAGAUAAAUUAUAUCAAUAAUAUAUUGACACCAUUUCGACCUAAGCUAAAAUAUACCUCAUCAUGACUCUACGUUUUUAGAUAUUGGAAAUAUCAUGUUUAACGUUCCUAAAAAAAACUAGACAAGCCAGACACAACUUAUUAUUAAUUUACUAUAAAAUAUAUAUAUAAUCUAUCAAUUUCUUGCAAGCAUGAGGUUUCAUUCAACUAAUAAUUUAACUUAGGAAAACAUUCCUUAAUCUUGGGUUGAAGGGAUGGCUGUACGUCGGCAAGAGGUAAACACAGCUAUAUUAUAGUAUAAUUUUUCACAAAACUGUGCCUUCUCUUUAAGACAAAAU